UAUAGUUAGUGUCCAUCCGUUAUAUUAUACGCACGUAGUGAACAACAUCCACGGGAUCAGAAAAGAAAAUUCGAAGAUCUGAGCGAGAUUUUAGUGUAAAUAAUUAAUAGCAAUUAAGAAAAGUGCUCGAAAUGGGUGUGCUGUCUAUAAGAAAGGCUACGAUAGAGGAAGGGCUUUGUCAUGACGAUACCGAUUGUUCUAAACUGCAAUACUGUUAUCAUGUAUCGAAACGAUGCGUUGACUACACUCAUUGUAAGAGGUACAACAGAUUGGAGAAUGAUAAAGGAUCGCGACAUCCUUCGCAAUGUGGACCGUGUCUGACUGGCUAUACAGCGGAAAAGUUGGGCACGGGAGAAAUGGAUUAUCUGUGUAAGAAAACGAGUGCACAGGAGAAUAUUGAAGAGAAACUGAACAAUCAUACGAUCAUCUACAUAAUAAUAAUUGGAAGCGUGCUAUUUCUCUGUCUGGCUGUGGUUGGGAUUAUUUUUGUAUUGCAUAAAAAACGAACAUCGCAGCAACAAGAGGAUGAUCUAGAACAAUGCGGGAAAUUGUGCACGGUAGAACCCACUGCUCCCCCGAUGGAAAAUCGUCCCUUUAUCUGUUGCGAAAAAGGAUUACCUUCAAUACCUCUCAAUAAUAAUAAGAAUCUGAAGGAUAAGAAUACUCUUGUACGUGCUGCCGUUUGUGCCGACCCAAGUUGGAUACGCAGAAAUCCAAAUUAUGAGAACGAUUUGAAUAAUGACAACGUGAAUGCGAUGAAUGAUCAAUCGCAUUCUAUGGCUGAGUUAGCUGAGUCAGUUGAUAAUGAACCUAAUAAUUGGAAUCCGGAGGAAUUAACACUCCAAGUUCCAAAUAGAAACUUAGUCACGUAUGAAGUAGAACAAGCGGACAAUAGCUUGAAUACAGCAUUAAUUCAAACAAAUAAUCCUUCUUUGUCGAAUGUAACUGAAGAGGAUGAUAACAGUAACAAUACUAAUAAUGAUUCAACGCCUGAAUCAAGUAAUACUCAAAGCAGUGGAGAACGUGUACGAGCUCCAAACAUAUUUAUCUCUCAAAAAAUAUCUAUGAAUGUAAAUCUGCUCGAUAGUGAUCUGAAGUAA